CUUCCUCCUUCCUGUCGAAUUAAAAAUAGAGACGAGAGGGCGAACCAGGGGAGCUCCGUCUUCUUACCCUACCUCGUAUCUUCUUCCCAAACCCAAAUCUCCGUUGCCGACGCCGAAACUCUCGCGCUCCCAGGUGGAAAUGCUACCGCUUGGGCUCCGGUUCGUGCUUUUGUCGGAUUUUUCUGGGUGGAAAAGUCGCUCCUUUUAGGGCUAUUCGUUGAUUUGAAGCUUACCUUUUAUUAGGGUUUUCGACUUCGUUCAGAUGGGAAGAAGUGGAGGAAGGGACAGGAUAAGCGGUGACUACAUGCCGAGGUUGGAAGAGAAGGAUCGGCGGAGUGGGUGGGGCGUUGCUCCUUCCUCAAGGCACUUGUGGGUUGGAAAUCUGAGUCCUCAUGUCUCCCAGAACAGUCUGUACGAGCAUUUCCUCAGGUUUGGGGACAUUGAGAACAUAACUUACACACCUGGCAGGAGCUAUGCGUUUGUGAACUAUAAGAAAGAGGAAGAUGCAGUCAUCGCUUCGAGAGGUCUCCAGGGGUUCAUUAUGGCCGGGAAUCCUCUUAGAGUCGAGUUUGCAAAGGGGGACAGGGUUUCAUUAUCACCAUUGGGUGAUGAAUAUUCACAUACUAAUGAUGGAAGAUAUUCUACUGAACGGGGAGAGCCAUUGCUUAGAAGAGAUUUUAGAAGUCAUGACCAUAGUCCUGAAAGGUCACAUGAAAAGGACAAGGGAAAUGAUAGCACGGAACCUUGUGAAGAGCUGUGGAUAGGUUUCCCAUCAUUUCUCAAUGUUGAAAAAGAUGAUCUGAGGAGAGCUUUUUCUCCUUUUGGUGAAAUUGACAACAUCUCUACAUUUCGUAGUUAUGCCUUCGUAAGAUAUCGAAGUAUAGUCGCAGCUUGCAGGGCUAAAGAAGCUCUUCAAGGAAAAUUAUUUAACAACCCCCGUGUGCAGAUAUGUUUUGCCAAAAGUGACUUUACUGACUCAGGGAGGAACCUUAGCAAUCCCCCCUUUGUUUCACACCUUAAAUCUAACUUCAGAUCUGUUCCAAAAAAUGCUGAACCUUCUCGAUGGGAUAGGGGUUUUGAUAGUCAUAUUGAAAAUUUCCCAACUUCUCCUCGUGAUGCAAGACUUUUGCGGUCUAAUGAAGCAAAUUUCAUUGACUAUGGGGAAAACAGUUUGGUACGUCCUGCUACAAUUCCAGGAUCCAUUUUUGGUGUCAAUGUUGAACAUAACAGGAUGCCAGAGUUGAAUUCAGACAGAAGGAUGUCAGAAGAACUUUAUGAUCGCUACAGAAAUAGUCCCACAGUAGAGAGAGCUGGACGGUGGCAUGACGUUCCUUUUGAAAGAGAGCGGAGAACUCCACCCCUUGAUGAUUCAUGGGGAAUAGAGGAUAAUUCUUUUCCAUCAUCUAAAAAGGCAAAACUAGAUUCAUUUUCUGAAAAAGAACUUCCAGAAUAUCCAUUCUCUGACUUAGAACAAAGAAAGCAUGACUUUGGACGGAUGAAGUUUUCUCCCAAUUUGCCUUACAAUAGCACUUUCAAUAAAGAUUUUGAAUCUGCUCCUUUGGCUCCUUUCACUGACAGGGAUGAAUCAUGGAGAGGUUUAAAUUAUUUACAUGCAGGUCUUGGUCCUUUGCCUUCAGAUAUAGCCAAGUCACCAAGAGCAAGUCCUGAACGUCCACCCCCUCAGAUACUGGACUGGAAAUGGGAGGGAACAAUUGCAAAGGGUGGCACUCCUGUUUGUCGGGCACGUUGCUUUCCUGUUGGAAAAAUCCUUGACUUUAUGUUACCAGAGUUCUUAAAUUGCACAGCUAGAACAGGCCUCGCCAUGCUUGCUAAACAUUAUUAUCAGGCAACAAGUUCUUGGGUGGUGUUCUUUGUUCCUGAAAAUGACACUGAUUUUGUUUUUUACAAUGAAUUCAUGCAUUAUCUGGGAGAGAAACAGCGCGUAGCUGUUGCUAAGCUUGGUGAGAAGGUUACCUUAUUUCUAGUGCCACCAUCAGACUUUUCUGAACAAGUUCUAAAAGUUCCCGGGAAGAUGAGCAUCUCUGGUGUCAUUUUAAAGUUUCAACAGCCUGGUUCUAACUUCAGUUCCCUCCACCAACCUAUUGAAGUCGCUGAAGCAAAACUGCCAACCCUUCAGCCUCCAUCAAGUGAUCUUGUUAGUAUUCAUGAAAAUGCAUCAUUAGCAAAGAGUAUAUCCCCUGAUUUAAGGGCUAUUUCUAAGAGUCAGAGCUAUUUCAACCCAUCUUCUGGAUUAUUACCUCCACCUUAUUCACCGCUGCAAAAACUGGAUGAAAAUCUUCCUUACUCUGGUUCCAUUCAACCAAUGGAAAAAUUUUCUGACUAUCAUUUGGCAAGCAGACAUGACCGACUCCAGCCUCUAAAUUCAGCAAAAUCUCCAAAUUGGUCUAAUCAAAUGCACAUUCCAACUUCUGAUCGUGGAACUUGUUCUCCUCUUCUUCCAAGCGCUGGUUCACAAAUAACUAGUAGUUCUAAUGCAGAGCCACACCCACUGGGAAAUCUUAAGGUUUCCCAAGGAUAUGCUUUGAGCAAUUAUGCAGCUGAAACUUCAUCCAUUCCCUUGCACACAGGCAAGUUUCCUACACAAGUACAUGCAGAACCUCAAGCAUCUUCAAAUGUUCCAUCCCCCCUAGAGCCAGAGCAACUUGCUCAACUGGCAAUUCUUCUGGGGCAGCAUAAACAGUUAGGUAAAGAACCUUCCUUAUCAAUUGAAGGUCAGAACAAACAGUCAAACUUGUUGCAAAUUGUCAAUUCUCAUGCUUUGGCUCUAACACCGAAUGGCCAAGCUUCAGAUCAAAAUUCUGCGACACAUACCCAUUCUUUCCCUUCUAGUUCUUUAGGUGUGCAACUUAAUCAGGUGCCCCAGAACCAGAAGCAACAAUCAAAUAUUCCUGCAGUGCAAACCUUAGUUAACUCUGGUCUGCAAAACCAGCAAGCAGACACAGAAGCAGACCCUCAGAAACGUCUCCAGGCAACUCUGCAGCUUGCUGCAACACUUCUUCAACAGAUUCAACAACAAUCAAAAACUGUUGAUCAACCAUAGAUUUGAGAAGUUUAACGGGAGCGAACUUUUGAGAACUACAUGCAUCUUGAUGCUCAUGUGACUGGAUUAUGCAUGCUGAAAUGUUCAAGAAUCAUAAGCCAGUUUAUCUGCCAACCCUCAGCCCAAUUAGGCAGCAGCUAGGCAUGCCGAAGGCUUUAUAUGAAAAUUUUGAGAGAGAUGAAAGUUCAGCAGAUGACCAGUUAAAACUAUGUCUCAGUGCUUCACUUAUUUUUCAAACACUUUUGUCAAACUUAAUCCAGAAAUACUUUGAUCCUCUGCUUAGAUACUGCUUUGAUGUUUAACAAUGUUUAACCAAAUAUUUGAUUUGUUUAUAUUAUCUAGUGCUAAUAAUGCCUACUACUACCGUUAGA